AUCAUUUUUUCGUAAAUGCUCGUUUCCCAGGAGGAUGCAUUCCAACACCUUCAGCGUUUUGUUCAUACGACUCUUCACCAACAAGCCUUGCAGUCGCUUUCUCCAACUGACGACGACAAUAAACGAGAAGAACUACUCAAACUAGUAGCGAGGUGCUAUCUCAAACUAGGAGACUGGAUGUCAUCUCUCCAAGGCUUCAACGACAACACCAUGCCUCAGAUUCUUCAGUACUACUCAGCUGCCACCGACAAUGACAGAAACUGUUACAAGGCAUGGCAUUCAUGGGCCUUCAUGAACUUCGAGGCUGUUUUGUACUACAAGAACCAACAAGGACUCGAAAAGAAUGGUGUGAACACUGCAUCCCCGCUGACACCACCACCAUCUCCUAAGACCGUAAAUCCCGUUAUCUCCUACGCUGUUCCUGCAGUACGAGGUUUCUUUAAAUCCAUCGCCCUGUCCAGCGGUAACUCCCUUCAAGACACGCUCAGACUGCUUACUCUGUGGUUCGACUACGGUCAUCAAUCAGAAGUGUACGAGUCAUUGGUGGAAGGGAUCAAGACCAUCCAGAUAGACACGUGGCUACAGGUGAUACCACAGCUGAUUGCCAGGAUUGAUACACCUAGACAGCUGGUGGGAAGACUUAUUCAUCAACUGUUGACUGAUAUUGGAAAACACCAUCCACAGGCUCUUAUCUAUCCCCUCACAGUGGCAUCCAAGUCAGCUAGCAGUGCGCGUUACAGUGCAGCCAAUCAGAUCCUAAAGAACAUGUGCGAACACAGCAAACAACUUGUACAACAAGCAAUAAUGGUGAGCGAAGAACUCAUUCGUGUGGCUAUCCUCUGGCACGAGUUAUGGCACGAGGGAUUAGAGGAAGCAUCACGCUUGUAUUUUGGUGAAGGUAACGUGAAGGGGAUGUUUGCUGUACUGGAGCCUCUGCAUCAGAUGAUGGAACGAGGACCUCAGACCCUAAAAGAAACUUCUUUCAAUCAGGCGUAUGGCCGUGACCUGAUGGAAGCCCAAGAAUGGUGUCGUAGAUACCAGAAAUCUAACAACGUCAAGGAUCUGACUCAGGCAUGGGACCUGUAUUACAUGGUAUUCAGACGAAUAUCCAAACAGCUACCACAGCUGACGUCACUCGAGUUGCAGUACGUUUCUCCUAAGCUCCUGAUGUCACGUGAUCUCGAGCUAGCCGUACCAGGAACGUACGAGCCACACAAACCAGUCAUACACAUUCGUCACGUGCAUUCGUCGCUUAACGUCAUCACUUCUAAACAAAGACCUCGAAAACUUUGCAUAACAGGGAGCAAUGGAUCCGAGUUCAUGUUCCUCCUCAAAGGACACGAGGAUUUGCGUCAGGACGAACGUGUCAUGCAGCUUUUUGGUCUCGUCAACACAUUGUUAUCAAGUGACAGAGCAACAUCCAAGAGACAUUUGAGUAUUCAACGAUAUGCUGUUAUUCCACUCUCCACCAACUCUGGUCUGAUUGGCUGGGUCCCGCAUUGUGAUACAUUACAUGCCCUUAUAAGGGAUUACCGAGAAAAGAAAAAGAUCCUCUUGAAUAUUGAACACCGUAUUAUGCUUAGGAUGGCUCCUGACUAUGACCACCUGACGUUGAUGGAGAAAGUCGAAGUGUUUGAACAUGCUUUGGCCAAUACUAAUGGUGACGACUUGGCUAAACUACUGUGGCUGAAGAGCCCAAGCUCUGAGGUUUGGUUUGAUCGUCGCACUAACUACACCAGAUCUCUUGCUGUCAUGUCUAUGGUGGGGUAUGUCCUUGGUCUUGGAGACAGACAUCCAUCUAAUCUGAUGUUAGACCGACUGAGUGGACGUAUUCUACACAUCGAUUUUGGGGAUUGCUUUGAGGUUGCGAUGACCAGAGAAAAAUUCCCUGAGAAAAUUCCAUUUCGAUUGACUAGAAUGUUAACUAAUGCAAUGGAGGUGACAGGAAUCGACGGCAACUAUCGCAUGACAUGCGAGAGCGUGAUGCGAACCCUGCGCGAACACAAAGACAGUCUGAUGGCUGUACUGGAAGCCUUUGUCUAUGAUCCCUUACUCAACUGGAGGCUUAUGGACAGCGCUGCUCCUAAGAUCAAACGUUCUAAAGGUCGUUCAGACACCAUGUCAGAGGGCGCUGAAGACAUGUUAGAAGGUGUCGAGGUCAGUCGUGACAAGCCGACCAACAAGAAAGCAGAACCUCUUCAUUCUAUUGAGGAUGAAAAUGCUCAUAAACCUGAGGCUUUGAACAAGAAAGCACUGGAUAUUAUUACUCGUGUGAGAGACAAGUUAACUGGUGGUGAUUUUGCUAAGCGCAACACCCUUGAAGUACCAUCCCAAGUGGACCUGUUGAUCAAACAGGCUGUCUCCCAUGAAAACUUGUGCCAGUGUUACAUUGGAUGGUGCCCUUUCUGGUAAUACAACAAUGUACCUCUUCCAGAGACUAUAUACAGCACGGACACGGUCUUCUCUGGGUAUUGAGCGCUUCUUAAAUAGUAUCAAUAACUAUUAGUAUUAAUAUUAUUAUUUUAUGAUUAUUUGACAAUCAAGACUUCUUUAUUUUUUAAGACGCGUGUCAUUCUCUUGAGAAUAUGAUUCUUUGUUUGAGUUGUAUUCAUAUUCAUGUGUCUUCUGUGCAACCAUUAAACAAAGAAACGAUACUCAAGAAAAUGACACGUGGACUGAAAUAAGAAAGCACUACGCACAAGGUAAUGUGGUGUAAUACCUAUAAGGAUAAUAAAUGUAUAUAUCAGAACGCGCUAGAUGACCCCCCUGGGCAACGAUAUGAUUCUUUAGGCGCGUGAUUUUCUUUAAUAAAAGUUAUUACUAACUGCUGUGAACUAUGUGCUGUCCCAGCAAUGUCAAAUAAUUGAGAUAUAAUUAUACCAAAUAGAUUUAAAACUUACCGUCCUAAUAGGCCCUUUGCAGUUAACGGUCAUGUGUCUGUACUGGUGAGCAAAAUUUUUGAUUUCAUUUUAAAUUGGCAAUUCUUUUUAGCUACUUGUAAAGAACUGAAUGAAACGAUCUGUAACG